CUCCCAAGGAAGAGCUUCCAGCAAACAGAGCUGCUGCUCAGACGGGUCUGUCUUCACCCCCAGCAAGGAGGUGCAUCUGCGUGAUUGCUGUGUGCUUGCCUCCAUCCCAAUUCCCCCACCCCUGUGCUUGAAGGGAGGCAAGAUGCAACCUGGGCUUUGGCUGGCGACCGGCACCCUGGCGGCAGUGCUGGGCAUGGCCCUGCUGGAGGAUGGCGUGUGUCGGGCACCAGACGGCAAGGAUGGUUCCCCAGGAGUCCCUGGUCUCAAUGGGAGGCCAGGGCAGAAGGGUGAUGUGGGAGAGCCAGGGAAAUCAGCACAGAGGACAGGCAUCCGGGGACCCAAAGGGGAUCCAGGUGAGCCGGGGGUUCCUGGCAUCCCAGGGAACCAGGGAUACCACGGGCUGCCUGGCCUCCCCGGGCUCCCAGGCCAGCCAGGGCCAAAAGGGUACAAGGGGAAUCCCGGCAAUAUCCUGGAGCAGCCACGUCCUGCCUUCUCCGCCUCGCGGCGAUCCCCACCAUCCAUAGGCAGGACGGUGGUGUUCGACAACAUCAUCACCAACGAGGAGAGCUCCUACAGUCCCCAGACAGGGGAGUUUACUUGCCGUGUCCCUGGGAUCUACUACUUCGUCUACCAGGUGGUCUCCAGAGGGGACCUCUGCCUGAGCAUCACCAAGAACAGGGAGCCCAUUGUCAGCUUCUGCGACCACAACAGCCGUGAGAUACUGCAGGUGAACUCGGGCAGCAGCGUGCUCAGCCUGGCUGUGGGUGACCAGGUCUCCGUGACCACCAUCCCUGCCAGGACCAGCAUGAUUUACAGUGGCUCCGAGGCAGACAGUGUCUUCAGCGGCUUCAUGCUCUUCCCAGAGAUGGGCUGAGGGACUGCCAGUCCAGACCUGCUUAGCACCACAGCAUUGUGGUGCCUGUGUCUGCAUGCGUUUUCUCCGUGUGAGUGUGUGGGAUGGUUUAGUACCACAGUGAACCAGGACGGCUCCAAAUUGAGUCACCAGACAAGUCCUGUUCUUCCACCAAUGUCACAAAGUGGCCAGGCUGUGGGUCACCACUGCAACAGUGAGACCCCUGCAAGUAGCUACCUCCGUGCUGAGCAUGCUCACUCCAUCCUGGAGGCAGAAAAUUCCUGGCCCCAGCAGCCCUUUCUACUGGGCUUUUCUGGUUUUUUCUGGGCACUCAGACCACACACUGGAGGGGACCACUUGUCACUGGAGCCAUUCAUCAGCUGUGGGUCUUUAUUCCUGAGUGGGAAAUCACUGCAUGCUGCUGCUUCUGCUAGACUAACAAUUGCAAAUGCCUUUUUGGUGCUGGGCCACUACUGCCUCUCACAUCCUCCCCAUCAGAAUAAAUAAACCCUUCAUCCAAGACA